AUGUUUCCAACAACUGUUACAAAUAAUACUAUUGUUGGACGAAGAUGUCAUGAAUGCGAUUCUGAAGAAAAUCUUGGUAUUUGUUUGACUUGUCAAAGUGUUGCCUGCAAUCAUCUUCAUCACGAUCAUCUCUAUAGCCAUUUUAUUUUAACACAGCAUGUUUAUGCAUGGGAUUUCAAAGAAAAUACUGUUUUGAAUCUAUCUCCUGGUACAUGUUUUGAUAGGCACACCGCCUAUAAAAAGAAUACGAAACUUGCUGCAUUACCAUGUGAAAGGGUUAUGCUGCAUAAAAGGAAAUCCUGUACGAACCAAGAAGAACCAAAUUGCGAAUCUGAAUUAGAACAAUCAAUAGUAUGUAAUAAAAAAUUACAGCAACUAGAAGGUUUAGUACAUCAGACACCUGCACCAUUCACAACAAUAGACGAAUAUUAUAUGAAAUAUGUUCAACAACAAACAGCAACAGAAAUGAGACUCCAUCAAGAAGUUGUACAAGAAAAAAAUCAAGCUGAAUAUGAAUUUGAAGAUGAAAAGUCAAUGAAGAUCCAAGUUUUAGAAGAAAAAAAUCACAUUUUAGAAGAAAAAAUUCAAUUACUAACUAAAGAGAAACAAGAAACAGACAAUGAUCUUAUGAAAGUUCAAGAAGAAUUAGAAAAUCAGAAACGUAUGAAUGUACCCAGAAUAGAAAUGAGUGACACAGAAGCAGCAGAAACGCAAUUACAAAAAGAUGUUGUUGAAUCAUCAACAUUCGAUCCGUUACCAUUAAAAAAAUGGCUAAAAGAUCAAUGUCGUUUACUUGGUUUUGAACAUCCGACACCUGUUCAGCAAGCGUGUAUUCCACGUAUUCUUGAGGGUCAAGAUAUUUUAGCAUGUGCUAAAACCGGUUCCGGUAAAACAGCAGCUUUUGCAUUACCUAUUCUUGAUGUACUUAGUGAUGAUGUUUAUGGAAUUUUUGCACUUAUUCUCACACCGACACGAGAAUUAGCUUAUCAAAUUGCUGAUCAAUUUCGUGUCUUUGGUAAACCAUUAGGUUUAAAAGAUUGUGUAAUUACCGGUGGAAUGGAUAUGAUGAUUCAAAAUUCAGCUCUAACUGAAAGUCCACAUAUUGUGAUUGCUACACCAGGACGUCUUGCUGAUCAUAUUGAGAGUGGCACUGAAUUUUCGUUGAAUAAAAUAAAAUUCUUGGUACUCGAUGAAGCUGAUCGUUUAUUAGAAGAUAAUUUCGGUAAACAAUUACAAACCAUAUUUUCCAUAUUACCUAAACAACGGCAAACACUACUAUUCAGUGCCACGAUAACGGAUACAAUUAAACAAGUGCAAUCGAUUUCAGAACGAAAACCAUUUUUAUUCGAUGGAAAUUUACUCCAUCAACCCGCAGACAAACUCGAUCAAUACUAUCUAUUAGUACCAUCGAAUGUUAAAGAUGCUUAUCUUUUUCAUCUUCUAUCGUUGUAUCAUGGCAAUAAGGAUGAUGACGAAGAAGGUGGUAGUGCAGAAAAAAAACGUAGUGGUUCAACUAUUGUUUUCACUAGUACAUGCCGUGAUUGUCAGAUUUUAUCGAUGAUGUGUCGAAAAUUUCAGAUGCCAUCUGUUGAAAUUCAUUCUCUAAUGAAACAACGACAGCGUUUAGCGUCGUUAGCAAAAUUUAAAUCUCUUCAAGUUGGUAUAUUAUUUGCAACUGAUGUAGCAUCGAGAGGUCUCGAUAUUCCUUCUGUUGAUCUCAUUAUUAAUCACAAUGUACCAUUUGUACCGAAAGAAUAUGUUCAUCGAGUAGGACGUACAGCUCGUGCUGGUCGUUCUGGCACUUCUAUAACUCUUGUAACUCAAUAUGAUGUAAAAUUAAUGCACAAAAUUGAAGAUCGUAUAAGUAAACAAUUGACUGAAUACCGUGUAAAAGAAAAAGAAGUUCUCAAACUUCUCGUUGAAGUUUCGAUGACUCGAAGUCAAGUUGAAAUACAACUUGAUGAAGAAGAUUUUGGUGAAGCAGAAAAAAUCAAUAAAUUAAAACAUCGUAUUCUCGAACAAGAGAUUUUAGCUGAAAAUAAUCCAACAGAGAAAAAACCUAAAAAAAAUAAAAGAAAAAACAAACAAAAACGCUUGAAUUCUGAAAAAUAA